AUUAAUGGAGAUAGCAAACCUAAUGGUCUUGAAAUAAAUGUUGCUAUAACAACACAGAAGUUGGGAGAGCUGCAAUUUGAAGAGGAAGAAGAUGAUUCGUAUUACAACAAGGAAUUGCCAGCAUACGCUUGCAAAUAUUGUGGUAUCCAUGAUCCAAGUUGUGUGGUGCUCUGCAAUGUUUGUAAGAAAUGGUUUUGCAAUGGCCGUGGGAAUACAUCUGGAUCCCAUAUUAUCAAUCAUCUAGUCAGAGCAAAGCACAAGGAAGUGACUUUACACAAAGAUGGACCUCUGGGUGAAACUGUUCUAGAAUGCUAUUCUUGUGGGGUCCGCAAUGUAUUUGUGCUGGGUUUUAUUCCUGCCAAAGCAGAUUCUGUAGUAGUUCUCCUGUGCAGACAACCCUGUGCUGCUCAAAAUUCUCUUAAAGACAUGAAUUGGGAUCAAGAGCAGUGGAAGCCUCUCAUUUCAGACAGAUGUUUUCUAUCAUGGCUUGUUAAAGUACCAUCAGAACAAGAGCAACUACGAGCUCGUCAGGUUUCCGCACCUCAAAUUACAAAACUGGAGGAUUUAUGGAGAGAUAAUGUUGAAGCCACCUUCCAAGAUCUUGAAAAGCCUGGUGUUGAUGAGGAACCUCAACAAGUUCUCCUGCGGUAUGAAGAUGGCUAUCAAUAUCAAAAUAUAUUUGGUCCAUUGGUGAGGCUUGAAGCAGAUUAUGACAAAAGGCUGAAAGAAAGUCAAACUCAAGAAAAUAUGGAAGUCCGCUGGGAUGUUGGUUUAAACAAGAAAAUUAUUGCAUAUUUCAAUAUGGCCAAAACUGAUACCGAUAUGAAGCUAAUGCAUGGCGAUGAAUUACGCUUGAGAUACCUCGGAGAUAUGCACAAGCCUUGGUCUGGUGUUGGUCAUGUCAUUAAGAUUCCUGACAACUUUGGGGAAGAGGUUGGAAUUGAGUUAAAGUCAAGCAGCAAUGCUCCAUCAGAAUGCACCUCUAACUUUGUUGUUGACUUUAUUUGGAAAUCAACGUCAUUCGAUCGAAUGCAAUUGUCUUUAAGGAAGUUUGCUGUUGAUGACACUUCUGUGUCUGGUUAUAUUUACCACAGACUUUUGGGUCAUGAAGUUGAAGAAGUUUUAUUCAGGUGUCACUUACCCAAACAUUUUUCUGCACCAAAUCUACCGGACUUGAACCGUUCCCAGGUUUAUGCUGUUAAACAUGCUUUGCAACGGCCCCUCUCCCUUAUUCAAGGGCCUCCUGGUACUGGGAAAACUGUAACCUCCGCAACAAUUGUCUAUCAACUUGUCAAGCAAAGUGGGGGGCCGGUUCUUGUCUGUGCUCCAUCCAACAUUGCAGUUGAUCAGCUCACUGAAAAAAUUCACAAGACUGGUCUGAAAGUUGUCAGAUUGUGUGCUAAGUCUCGUGAAGCUAUUGACUCCCCAGUGUCUUUCCUGGCAUUACAUAAUCAAAUCAGAAACAUGGAUGCUGCCACGGAACUUCAGAAACUGCAGCAGCUUAAGGAUGAGACAGGGGAACUGUCUUCAGUUGAUGAGAAACGCUACCGAAUGCUUAAGAAGGCUGCAGAAAAAGAAUUGCUAGAUGCUGCUGAUGUUAUCUGCUGCACCUGUGUAGGUGCUGGAGAUCCCCGCCUAGCACGAAUCAAAUUUCAUUCAAUUCUUAUUGAUGAAAGUAUGCAGGCAACAGAACCCGAAUGUAUGGUGCCAGUUAUUCUUGGGGCGAAGCAGUUGAUAUUAGUUGGUGACCACUGCCAGUUGGGGCCUGUGGUUAUGUGCAAGAAAGCGGCAAGGGCAGGCCUGUCCCAAUCAUUGUUUGAGCGGCUGGUUGUUUUGGGUAUUCGACCAUUCCGUUUAGAAGUUCAAUACAGAAUGCACCCAGAACUAUCAAGAUUUCCUUCUAACUUCUUCUAUGAGGGUUCUCUGCAAAACGGUGUCUGUGCUGAUGAAAGGAAACUAAGUAAAAUGGACUUCCCAUGGCCUGUACCAGAGAAGCCUAUGCUAUUCUAUGUUACACAAGGUCAGGAAGAAAUUGCUGGGUCUGGAACUUCAUACCUAAAUCGAACUGAAGCUGCAAAUGUAGAAAAAAUCGCUACACGCUUUUUGCGCUGUGGUGUAAAGCCAGAGCAAAUUGGUGUUAUUACACCAUAUGAGGGUCAACGAGCUUAUUUGGUGCAGUACAUGCAGUACCAGGGUGCUCUUCAUUCAAAACUCUAUCAAGAGAUUGAAGUAGCCAGUGUUGAUGCUUUCCAAGGACGAGAGAAAGAUUUAAUUAUCAUGUCAUGUGUGCGUUCAAAUGAGCACCAAGGUAUUGGUUUCUUGAAUGACCCAAGGCGUCUCAAUGUAGCUUUAACUAGAGCAAAGUAUGGUAUCAUUAUUGUUGGUAACCCGAAAGUUCUCUCAAAGCAACCUUUGUGGAACCACCUACUAAAUUUCUACAAGGAACAAAAAGUUUUAGUUGAAGGUCCUCUUAACAACUUGAAAGAAUCUAUGAUUCAGUUCUCUAAACCCAAGAAGUUGGUUAAUGCCAGCAAUCCUGGUACUCACUUUAUGUCAACAACAGUUUAUGAUGCCAGGGAGGCUAUGGUACCUGGAUCAAUCUAUGACAGGACAGGCCAGAUGAAUGGUAAUCCAUACUUUGGACGGGGUGCUGGUGGCGCAGGAGCAGGAAUGGGGGGAAUGGACAUGUUUGCCCGAGCCCAUGAUCCAAUUGGUUACAUAUCUCCAGAACGAGCUCAGGCAGCUUUGUCCAAUAUGCCUGUUCCAGUCGGUAUGUUUAUGAAUAUGGCACAUGUUCCACCCCGAUUCUAUAAUCAGCAUCAACAAGCUAUGCAAGCACGACAAAAUCAGCGUGGACGUGGGCCUAUGCCUAAUGGAAGAGCUCCACCCAAAACUAAGAAUCGCAUUGGUAAGACAGGGCUCAGCCAAGGUGCUGCUAGCCAGGACAACACUCAGCCUUACAGUCAAGGCAUUCCUCUUACACAGGGAAUGUCUCAGGGAAUGUCACAGCCUGGUUUUAGUCUCUCUCAGCCUGGGUUGUCUCAGGCCGAGUUAUCUCAGGAUAGUUAUAUGGUUGGGGAAUUCCAAUCCCAAAUGGAUGGUAUGCUGUCUCAGGACUCAACCUAUCAAGGUGAUCGCUCUGCAUUCUAUGCUGGUCCGACGCCGGGAAACCAAUUUUCACAGCCUUACUGAGCUUAAAUGGGACUUAAACUCAGCUAUUGCACUGGAAAGUGAAACGCUACAUUUGUGAUCCCGAAUCAAAGUGGAAAUCCCACCUGCUGAGUACAGAGUGGGUAGAAAAGUAUACUGAAGAGGCUGAAGAUAGUUGAAGUGGAUCGCCGGGAUGGCUUGAUGCUGCUGUGAGAGCAGUGGUGUGGUGCAUUGCACUUGAGUGGCAUGUCCAUUUUAUCUGGACCAGAUGUAGGGCUGUGACCCUCGUGCACACUCACUUUAGAGGGGGGAAAAUUGAAUUUCCUACAGCCAAUUUUUGAAGUGGCAUUCGAACCCUUAAUGGGUUUCUGAACUGCUGGCUUAUCUUUGAUUCCAGUCAGUUAUGGGUCAAUCAAUCCCACCCUUUAUCCUCAUACUGUAAAAUCUAAUUUUGAGGCUGAAAUAUUACUUGAAAAUAUCAGUCUGGCUAUACCUCCUUUUUUUUUUCUUUCUUCCUUUUAUAACAAUCAUGUCUAUUAUUUGCCAUUUUUGACAGGUUAGAUGUAGAUUAUGUGGGAAUUGUUCUUGCUCUGUUCAAUUGUUUGUUCUUAAUACUGUCCCCUCAAAUUUUUCAUUUACUUCUUUGAUUACUGUCGAUUGUUGGCUUUCACUUAUACAUCAAACAGUUGGGAAGAGAUCAGUAAUGUGAAUGCCUAAAUUUCAUCUGUGGACAACUGUUAGGAUUUCUUACCACGGUUAAUCAGUCUUAUUUUUUAAAUCAAUUGUGAACAUAAAGGUAUGAAAAUGAA